AAAUAUGCUCACACCAGCCGCGGUCAGGAAAACUGACUGAAAACUGUUUGCUCAAAUGCAUGUCAAUGAGUGGAGAAAUAAUUCUCUAGUGUAGGCUAUGCAAAUGAGCAGGGACUACCAGUGGGUGUGCAGAUAGUGAUCUGCCUGAUACAGUCUGAAAGAUAGCGAGAGAAGGAACACAUUCUAGAAACAAAUGGCACAUUUUUCUUCUGCUUUAUCUGACAUUUUGCAGAUUGUGAAACAUUCAUUUUAUCAUGAUCAUCAGGUUAUAGUUACCUUUUUGAGUUAAUGCUUCCCUCUACUUCCUGUUUCUGUCUUGUCAGAGACUGCACUGCUGUUUGUAUAUCCAAGCACACCAUCAACAAGGGAUAUGGGGAAGCGUGGUCUGACUAUGGACAGAAAAGGAAGUGCAGAAGAGAAAAGAAAACCAGCCCUUUUCAGCCUCAGAGGGUGUGAUAUAUGAUUCAAACAACUAUGUGCAUGCGCAAAUACUAAAGUGCUUGUGAGUGUGAUGGAGCUGCAACAGCGUUUUUCUGUGUCCAUGAAUGAUUAUGAAGAAAGUGAAGGAAAUGCAGAGAGGAGGAUGCAGAAAAAUGAUGAUGUUAGAACAGAAGAUCUUUAUCAAAGUCUUCAGUUCCCACCUACUGCACACCAUGGAACUAUAAACAGUACAACACUGCUCUCAGAACACUGUGAAAGAAAGUAUGUGUUUUUACUGUUUGCUGUGAACAUUCUUAUCUCAGCCAUCAUCCUUGUCAUUGUGGGUCUAAAUUACUCUCACAACAGAGAAACACAACCAAUAAAAGGACAAAAAGAAAUGUGGCUUCUCCAUGACAAUGUGUUUUAUUUGUUCUGGAGUGACCACAGUGAUUGCUGCACUGCUAAGAGCUUCUGUUCUAAGAGAAAUGCCAGUCUGGCCAUUUUAACUGAGCAUAACAAGGUCUGGUUGAUGUCUAGAACCAAUGGAAAAUUUUUGGUCUCAAGAGCCUCAUCAGAUGGAUCUGGAGACACUACUUCUCCAUUAGUGGAUGAUGAAGAUUGUGAGUGUGGCAUCAUGGCCAGUGAUGUUGACACAGACCAUGGAGAAGGAUUUUUGUGUGAGAGGAGAGGGAAACCCAUAGUCAAAAAUUAUGUAGACGUUGACAUAUUUUGAAGCUGUAAUGGAUGUACUGGACAGCUCCUUGGCCCAAAGUUCAGCUUCCAGAUAGCAUGCAUGUGUUGUACUUCAUUUAUCUUGUUUUAUUUUAGUUUAUUAAAACUCUUCUCUGUAACUACUAGACAGAAUAGCUGUAUUGUCUCCAGAAUUUCCAGAUAAGAGUUUGUCACCCUUCAAGGCUUUCAAUGACAUUUUUUAAAAAAGCAAUAAUUUUCUAUUCUCUUCUUCUUGUUUUAAGAACACUUGAUGAUUUUGCUUCUAGGCAAACGGAAUCAUGGAGAUCUUUGGCUAUGUCUAAGGUUAUUCAAUAAAUAAAUGUAA